AUGCAUGUCCUCGACAUGUUGGGUCCUGGGGCUGUGCCGUUCUUGUUGCAGAAGCCGGGGCUGCAGCAAUCUUCAGAUGCCUUGCACGGCCUCGGCAGAUGCCUGGAUAUGGCAGGCGACGCGGAGGUCACUAGCGAGGCUCUGGAGGUGUUGCAAGAGGUCUUGAAGGGCCGCGAGGAUCCGCUUCUUCGGGUCUGCGCAGCAGAGGCCCUGGGUUGCCUCCGUCUGAAGGAUAGCGCUUGGCCGCUGCAGCGCGCAGUGGCCGAGGAUCCCGUCGGCGCUGUCCGCGCCACUGCGCUGCAUGCCCUGCUGCGGCUGCUCACUUCCGGGGCGCUGGAGCAGGACUGCUUGGAGGCUCUCCGGGCAACCGCCCAAGCAGUGAAGCCCAAAGAUCCCGAUCGUUAUGUUCGCGCUUACGCUGCGGAGCUUUGCCACAGGAUCGACAUUGUACAGCAGCUUGCCUGGGAUGCUCCAGGAGCCACGGCGACGGCUGUGGCAGAAAGCACCCGGAAAACGUACAUGCCACCGCUCAUGCGGUGGUGUACCUGUGGCGACGGCUGGCAUUCCUAG